AUGAAUAAAUUCACUGGUGAUAUUCCUACAACCAUUGGUGGUUUGAAAGACUUGAUUAGUCUUUCCCUUGCACAUAAUAGGCUACAAGGAUCAAUUCCUAAGGCAUUUGGAAACUUGGUAAGCUUGGAAUCCUUGGAUAUAUCCCAAAACAACCUAUCCGGUCCGAUUCCUGAAUCAUUGGAGUCACUCUUGCAUCUUAAAUAUUUCAAUGCGUCUUUCAAUAGACUAAGAGGAGAAAUUCCGACAGGUGGACCUUUUGUGAAUUUCACGAGUCAAUCUUUUACGUCGAAUGAAGCAUUGUGUGGUGCUCCUAGGUUCCAAGUCCGACCAUGUGAUAAUAAUUCUCUUCACAAAUCGAAGGUAAACAGAAUGUUAUAUAUUUUGUUUUCAACCGCAUUAAUACUUCUUGCCUCAGCAAUUCUAUUAAUGUGCCUAAAAAGUCGAUGGAGGAGAAAUAAAAAUCCAAUUCAACCUGAAUCGAUAGCCGUAGUUACACGUGAAAGAAUCGCAUACCAUGAACUUGUCCGAGCAACAGAUGGGUUUAACGAAAGCAAUUUACUUGGAAUGGGGAGUUAUGGUUCAGUUUACAAAGGUACACUAACCAAUGGGACGGUUUUGGCUGCAAAGGUAUUCAAUCUGCAACAAGAAACUGCUUUUAAAAGCUUUGACACAGAAUGCGAAAUAUUACGUAACAUUCGUCACCGAAAUCUCACAAAAGUCAUCAGCAGUUGCUCUAACCUUGAUUUUAGGGUCUUGAUACUCGAGUACAUGCCUAAUGGGAGCCUUGAAAAAUGGUUGUAUUCACACAAUUACUUGUUGGAUAUCUUGCAGAAAUUAGACAUAAUGAUAGAUGUGGCAUGCGCAUUAGACUAUCUCCACCAUGGUUACUCUACACGUGUGGUUCACUGUCACCUCAAACCGAGCAAUGUCCUACUAGAUGAAGAGAUGGUUGCACAUGUGAGUGACUUUGGCAUCGCAAAGUUCUUAGAACAAGGGGAUAUAUUGCACCAGGUGAAGCUUUUGCUUUCAAUUAUUUUUCAAAUAAAACCCACUGAUAAUUUAUUUGCUGGGGAUAUGAGUCUCAAGGGUUGGGUAAAUCAGUCACUACCCGACGCAAUUAUUAACAUUGUAGAUUCCAACUUACUCAAGCCAAAGGAAGAACACUACACUGCAAAGGUGCAGUGUGUAUCAUCCAUCAUGGAAUUGGCUUUGUAUUGCUCUACCGAAUCAUCCCAGGAGAGGAUCAACAUGAAAGAUGCUCUAGUAGCACUCAUGAAGAUCAAACUUCAAUUUAUCAAAAACUGUGAGUGA